GCCCUGCCUUGAGUACAGAGCACCGGCCAGUCAUCUCAGUCUAAUCAUCUUCAGCUACUCCAUUCCUGUCCCAAUGACGAACCCUGCAUCUAACAUUGACACCCCCUCCCCUCCUGCGCAUGUCACUGCUGACGGUAGUCCGCCGUGGGCACCACGUGUGGAAAGAACGAUUAUUGUAUUGGACUCUCCCUCCCCUCCUGCAUCACCCACAGCUCGAUUCUCUGACCGCGCUGUACAAAAACGACCGCGUGUGGAGAGAGGACCCCUCUCUACCAGCGUAGUGCCCGCCGACGAGGUGCUCGAGUCUCAAUUCGUUUUCGAAUCCUUUUGCAAACGGUCAAAUCAGGUGGAAGUGGAUCUAGGGUGGAAAGGAGGCUUUAUUCGUAUCAAUGCUGCUGUCUAGUUCUACGUG